UUUUCCCCCAAGCAAAGCAUGAACAGUCGUUAAGUGGAAAAUGGAGGCUGAAUUUUACAUGGCGAUUCUUACCUGCUUCAUCUUCGGGAACUCAGAGGGAUUUCAAAUUGUCCAUGUCCAGAAACAACAGUGCCUUUUCAAAAAUGAGAGAGUGGUCAUGAACCUGUGCAAUGUGACCAGCCUGAACCAGCAGUGGAUGUGGACUGAGGAUGGAAAGCUCCUUCAUGUUAAAUCUGCUCUGUGCCUGGGCAUCUCCAAUUCCUCUGGUGGCCCUUCCCAAGCCGCCGUCGUUGUCCCCUGCUCCCGGGCACCUCGAUGGACUUGCUAUGAGAAGGAAGGGUUCCUUGAGGUGGAAAAUACCUCUCUCUUUCUCAAGAAACAAGGCUUCAGGGUAGUGGUCAAGAAGGGCAGGAAGUACCUCCAUAGCUGGAUGAAAAUAGAUGUCACCCAAGAAGGAAAACCAGUCAAUGAAAGCCUCUGCUCUAAAAAAGCUGGCCUGGGAGCAGAAGCCUCAGUAAGGAGCACCAGAAACACAGCUCCUCCCCAAAUCCCCACCACUUUUAAUGCACUUCUAUAUAGUCCGGGACGCCUUGUUAGGAAUACCACAGAGACCUUCACCAGAAGUACUGCAGAAAACUACAGCCAAAACAGCAGCCCGAGGCAGCACCCCCACUGGCAAGUGGCUGGAAUUACAUCUUGGGUUCCCUGGACUGUUCAACCCUUCUUCAGCACCACUGAAAAGACUGGACUGGGGAAGCCAGUGAGAUGCAACUUCAACCUGACGGAGUCCAGAGUCUUCAGCGGGUCCGUGUCUUUGCAGUGGAGAACUUUGGCGUCCCCCUGUAACUUUAGUGCCACCUGCAGCAGUGACACGUCGGUGGUCGAGUGCUGCCACCCCGUGAGGAUAGACAACACCACCUAUGGAUGUAUCCCCAAGGAUUUACAAGCGGGAACCAUCUACAAUUUCAGUAUUACGUCUCUGGAUGGAGAAACGAAAACUGUGGUCUUGCAAACAGAUCCUUUACCUCCUGCUAGAUUUGAAGUCAAUAAAGAGAAAAGUACUUCCACCAGCUUGCAUGUUUGGUGGACUCCUUCAUCGGGAAAAGUCACCACGUAUGAGCUGCAGUUACUUGGUGAUAACCGAGAGACACAGGGAGCCCAAAUUCAAGAAAGAACUUCACGGAAUGAAUAUACAUUUUUUAACCUCACUGCUGGUAGUAAAUACAAAAUUUCCAUCACAUCUGUUUCUGGGGAUAAACGUUCCUCUACAAUUUAUGCCAAUGGAUCAACAGUGCCAUCCCCAGUGAAAGAUAUUGGUAUUUCAGCGAAAACUAAUUCUCUUCGGAUUUCCUGGUCACGUGGCUCUGGGAAUGUGGAAAGAUACCAGCUGAUGCUAAUGGAUAAAGGAAUUCUAGUUGAUAGUUAUGCUGUGGACAAAUCUGCUACUUCCUAUGCUUUUCAUGGACUGACACCUGGUCACUUCUAUAAUGUCACCAUUGUUACCGAGGCUGCAGGGCUGCAAAACUACAGAUGGAAACCAGCCAGGACAACCCCCAUGGAAGUCUCAAAUCUGAAGGUGACAAAUGAUGGCGCUUUGAACUCUCUAAAAGUCAAGUGGCAAAGACCUUCUGGAAAUGUGGAUUUCUACAAUGUUACACUGUCUCACCAAGGGACCAUCAAAGAAUCCAGAAUAUUAGCACCCCAGGUUACUGAAACUCAGUUUAAAGACUUGGCCCCUGGACGACUUUAUCAAGUCACCGUCAGCUGUGUCUCUGGUGAAUUGUCUGCUCACAAGAUGACAGUGGGCAGAACAGUUCCAGAGAAAGUCGGGGACCUGGAGGCAAACAGUAAUGGUUCUACGAGGUCCCUGGUGGUGAGCUGGUCGCCCCCUGCUGGAGACUGGGAGCAGUAUCGUAUCCUGCUUUUGAAUGAUUCUUUGGUGCUGCUCAACAUCACCGUGGGAAAGGAGGAAACACACUAUGUCAUAGAUGACGUGGGGCUCAUACCGGGAAGACAGUACGAGGUAGAAGUCACUGUUGAGAGCGGAAAUCUGAAGAAUUCUAAGCGUUGCCAAGGCAGGACAGUCCCCCUGGCUGUCCUUCAGCUUCGUGUCAAACAUGCCAACGAAACCUCACUGGGCGUCAUGUGGCAGACUCCUGCAGCAGAAUGGGAGAAAUACAUCAUUUCACUAAUCGACAGAGACCUCUUACUCAUCCACAAGUCGCUCCCCAAAGAGGCCAAAGAAUUCACUUUUACUGACCUGGUGCCUGGACGAAAAUACAUAGCUACAGUCAGCAGUAUUAGUGGAGACCUUAAAAAUUCAUCUUCAACCAAAGGAAGAACAGUGCCUGCCCAAGUGACCGGCUUGCAUGUGGCCAACCAGGGGACAACAAGCAGUCUAUUUACUAACUGGACCCAGGCAUUGGGAGACAUAGAUUUCUACCAAGUCCUACUGAUCCAUGAAAACGUGGUCAUCAAAAAUGAAAGUGUCUCCAGUGAGACCAGCAGAUACAGCUUCCACUCUCUCAAAGCGGGCAGCCUCUACUCCGUGGUGGUUACAACAGUAAGCGGAGGAAUCUCUUCCCGACAGGUGGUGGUGGAGGGAAGGACAGUCCCUUCCAGUGUGAGUGGAGUAACGGUGAACAACUCUGGUCGCGACGACUACCUCAGUAUAUCCUGGCUGCCGGCUCCUGGAGACGUGGAUAACUACGUGGUGACACUCUCCCACGACGGCAGGGUGGUGCAGUCCCUCGUGAUUGCCAAGUCCGUCAGCGAAUGCUCCUUCAGCUCUCUCACCCCAGGCCGCCUCUACGACGUGACCAUAACUACAAGGAGUGGCAAGUAUGAAAAUCAUUCCUUCGGCCAAGAGCGGACAGUGCCUGACAAGGUCCAGGGAGUCAGUAUCAGCAACUCAGCCAGGAGUGACUAUUUAAAGGUAUCCUGGGUACAUGCUACUGGAGACUUUGAUCACUAUGAAGUCACCAUUAAGAACAAAAACAGCUUUAUUCAAACGAAAACCAUUCCCAAGUCUGAAAAUGAGUGCAUAUUUGUUAAGCUAGUCCCUGGACGGUUGUACAGUGUCACUGUGAGUACAAAAAGCGGACAAUAUGAAGCCAGUGAACAAGGGAAUGGACGAACAAUCCCAGAGGCUGUUAAGAAUCUCACAUUGCGGAACAGGAGCACUGAGGACCUUCAGGUGACGUGGACACGAGCCGAUGGGGACGUUGACCAGUAUGAGAUCCAACUACUCUUCAAUGAUAUGAAAGUGUUUCCUCCUUUUCACCUUAUCAAUACUGCAACUGAGUAUCGAUUCACCUCCCUCACACCAGGGCGCCAGUAUAAAAUUCUUGUCUUGACCGUCAGUGGAGAGGUACAGCAGUCAGCCUUCAUUGAGGGCUUCACAGUUCCUAGUGUUGUCAAAAAUAUUCACGUUUCUCCCAGUGGGGCAACAGAUAGCCUGACAGUGAACUGGACUCCGGGUGGGGGCGAUGUGGAUUCCUACACCGUGUCAGCGUUCAGGCAGAAUCAAAAGGUCGAGUCUCAGACCGUCCCAAAGCAGGUCUCUGAGCACACGUUCCACAGGCUGGAGGCCGGGGAGCAGUACCGGAUCGUGAUUGCCUCUGUCAGCGGGUCCCAGAAGAACCAGAUAGAUGUGCUCGGGCGGACAGUCCCAGCGUCCGUCCAGGGAAUAACUGCAGACAAUGCAUACAGUAGCCACUCCUUAAUAGUAAGUUGGCAAAAAGCUGUUGGCGUGGCAGAAAGAUACGAUAUCCUGCUUCUAAGUGAAAAUGGGAUCCUCCUAAGUAACACAUCAGAGGCGGCCACCACGAAGCAGCACAAAUUUGAAGACCUAACACCAGGAAAGAAAUACAAGAUACAGGUCCUAACAGUCAGUGGAGGCCUCUUUAGCAAGGAAGCCCAAACUGAAGGCCGGACAGUCCCCGCAGCGGUCACCAAUCUGAGGAUCACAGAGAACUCCACCAGACACCUGUCCUUCAGCUGGACCCCCUCCGAGGGGGAGCUCAACUGGUACAACAUCUUUCUGUACAAUCCAGAUGGAACCCUUCAGGAGCGAGCUCAAGUUGCCCCACAAGCCCAGAGCUUCUCUUUCCAGAACUUGCUACAAGGUCGAAUGUACAGAAUGGUGAUUGAAACUCACAGUGAGGAGCUGUCUAAUGAGUCUUUCGUAUUCGGUAGAACAGUCCCAGCCUCUGUGAGUAACCUCAAGGGAUCCAAUCAAAACAUGACAGACAGUCUCUGGUUCAGCUGGAGUCCAGCCUCUGGGGACUUUGACUUUUAUGAGCUGAUCCUCUAUAACCCCAACGGCACAAAGAAGGAAAACUGGAAAGACAGGGACCUAACAGAGUGGCGUUUCCAUGGCCUCGUUCCCGGAAGGAAGUACACGCUGUGUGUGGUAACUCACAGUGGAGAUCUCAGUAACAAGGUCACGGGGGAGAGCAGAACAGCCCCAAGUCCUCCCAGUCUUAUGUCAUUUGCUGAUGUUGCAAACACAUCGUUGGCCAUCACCUGGAAAGGGCCACCAGACUGGACAGACUAUGAUGACUUUGAGCUGCAGUGGUUCCCCAGAGAUGCCAUCACAGUCUUCAACCCCUACAGCAACAGAAAAUCAGAAGGACGCAUCGUGUAUGGUCUUCGUCCGGGGAGAUCUUAUCAAUUCAGUGUUAAGACUGUCAGUGGUGAUUCCUGGAAAACCUACAGCAAACCAGUUUCUGGAUCUGUGAGGACAAAGCCAGACAAGAUACAGAAUCUGCAUUGCCGGCCUCAGAACUCCACAGCCAUCGCCUGUUCUUGGAUCCCUCCCGAUUCCGACUUUGACGGGUACAGCAUUGAGUGCCGGAAAAUGGACACUCAAGAAGUUGAGUUCUCCAGGAAGCUGGAGAAAGAGAAAUCUCUGCUCAACAUCAUGAUGCUAGUGCCGCAUAAGAGGUACCUGGUGUCCAUCAAGGUGCAGUCGGCCGGCAUGACCAGCGAGGUGGUUGAAGACAGCACCAUCACCAUGAUAGACCGCCCCCCUCCUCCACCUCCACAUAUUCGUGUGAAUAAAAAAGAUGUGCUAAUUAGCAAAUCUUCCAUCAACUUUACUUUCAACUGCAGCUGGUUCAGCGACACCAAUGGAGCUGUGAAAUACUUCACAGUGGUGGUGAGAGAGGCUGAUGGCAGUGAUGAGCUGAAGCCAGAACAGCAGCACCCCCUACCCUCCUACCUGGAAUACAGGCACAACGCCUCCGUUCGGGUGUAUCAGACCGACUAUUUUGCCAGCAAAUGUGCGGAAAGUCCUGACAGCAACUCUAAGAGCUUUAACAUUAAGCUUGGAGCAGAGAUGGAGAGCCUGGGUGGAAAAUGUGAUCCCAAUCAGCAAAAAUUUUGUGACGGACCGCUGAAGCCGCGCACGGCCUACAGAAUCAGCAUUCGGGCUUUUACCCAGCUGUUUGAUGAGGACCUGAAGGAAUUCACAAAGCCACUCUAUUCAGACACAUUUUUCUCUUUGCCCAUCACCACUGAGUCAGAGCCUUUGUUUGGAGUUAUUGAAGGUGUGAGUGCUGGUCUGUUCUUAAUUGGCAUGCUGGUGGCUGUUGUUGCUUUAUUCAUCUGCAGACAGAAAGCCAGCCAUGGUCGAGAAAGGCCCUCUGCCCGCCUGAGCAUUCGUCGGGAUCGACCGCUGUCUGUCCACUUGAACCUGGGCCAAAAAGGUAACCGGAAAACUUCUUGCCCAAUAAAAAUAAAUCAGUUUGAAGGGCACUUCAUGAAGCUGCAGGCGGACUCCAACUACCUUCUAUCCAAGGAAUACGAGGACUUAAAAGACGUGGGUCGAAACCAAUCCUGUGACAUUGCACUCUUGCCGGAGAAUAGAGGGAAAAAUCGAUACAACAAUAUAUUGCCCUAUGAUGCCUCUCGAGUGAAGUUGUCCAGUGUGGAUGAUGACCCGUGCUCUGACUACAUCAAUGCCAGCUACAUCCCUGGCAACAACUUCAGGAGAGAGUACAUCGCCACUCAGGGACCUCUUCCUGGCACCAAGGAUGACUUCUGGAAAAUGGCGUGGGAACAAAAUGUCCACAACAUCGUCAUGGUGACCCAGUGUGUGGAGAAGGGCCGAGUAAAGUGUGACCAUUACUGGCCAGCGGACCAGGAUUCUCUCUACUACGGGGACCUCAUCCUGCAGAUGCUCUCGGAGUCCGUGCUGCCUGAGUGGACCAUCCGGGAAUUUCGGAUAUGCAGUGAGGAACAGCUGGACGCGCACAGACUCAUCCGCCACUUUCACUAUACGGUGUGGCCAGACCACGGAGUCCCGGAGACCACCCAGUCCCUGAUCCAGUUUGUGAGAACUGUCAGGGACUACAUCAACAGGACCCCGGGGGCCGGGCCCACCGUGGUGCACUGCAGUGCCGGUGUGGGUAGGACUGGAACCUUUAUUGCAUUGGACCGAAUCCUCCAGCAAUUAGACUCCAAAGAUUCUGUGGACAUUUAUGGAGCAGUGCAUGACCUCAGACUUCACCGGGUUCACAUGGUCCAGACCGAGUGUCAGUAUGUGUACCUACACCAGUGUGUAAGAGAUGUUCUCAGAGCAAGGAAGCUACGGAGUGAGCAAGAAAACCCUUUGUUUCCAAUCUAUGAAAAUGUGAAUCCGGAAUAUCACAGAGAUGCGGGCUAUUCAAGGCAUUGAGAAUGCACCCGAGAUCUCCUGGAUCAAAACUAUUCACUGUGUGAUUUUUUUUUUUAAACUUGCUUCAUCCCCUACAGAGGUGCCAGCUAUUUCUGUUGAUGUUAUGUAUAAUUUAUUAAUCUGGAGAAUUUUAAAGAAUUUAUGUAAUUUAAAGGUAACAUAUUAUUGUACAUAGUUGUAUUUUGUAGUUUCUUCUGUAAAUAUGUAUUUUGUCAUAAUGUUUAAUAUUAAGCUUUAUAUAAUACUAUUUUCCCACACUAAAGUGUUCAUGGCUUGUUCUACAUAAACUAAUUCAACCUGUAUAACAGGACGACUGGUAAAACGUGUGUGCAUGUGGUUGCAGGGGUGGUCCCCUUGGCCAUGGUUUUUACCAUUUUUAAUACUUACUGGACAGGAUAAAGGGCAGGGCUAGAGAGAGCAGGGAGUAUAGCUGGCUCGGCUGCAUUGCUGUCCCACGAAUCUUAGGAUCCAAAGAUGAUCCAAAUACAAUUUGGACAAAUAUAACAAUCAAAAGAAAGGACCAGGGAGAUGGGAUUAAGCAGCACCAAAGGGUACAUAGGUGGUUGUGCCUCAGGUGGUUAGUCUCUCCCCUUUCUCCUGCCAGAGGUUCAAGCCAACGUGGUCAGCUCAGGGGCCACGUAACUUGCAGAGCAAGUCCAGGCUGCAGGGCUGAGGGUUCCGAGAGAGAAGGACCCAAACAGAAGUGAUGAAUUGCUCAUAUCAUGAAUCAUGCCAGCUGCACUCCUGACUGGAAACCUAGUCAACAUGUAAAGCGCCAUCCGUAGGGAUGGGAGACUAUUUCACUGCAUCUACAGUGUGCUGUGCGAACGUGCGUCCCCUGCUGGGAUGUGUGUGUUGCCUGAUGGACACAUGCUCGUCUUUGUCUCAUUUCUAGGGGGCUGCAUCCCUGGAAAAGUCAAAAUUGCACCAGUCAUACUUGGUUUUCCCACUCAAAGAAGAUUGUGGUGGCAUCUUAUACUCCUGAUCAAAGGGCCUAACAUCCAUGUCUAUUGAAAUGUCUGCAAACAUCAUAUAUCGUUAAUUUAAAAAGCACAAAAACAAAAAUUCAGUGGUGCUUAGUAUAAAAUUUCCCAAAAGCCUUCUUAAGUAAAAUAUUGAAGUCACAAUAUCAAGUAGUCAUCUUAAGUUGCAUUUCAUAUGAAAGGCACUACAUACGCUACCAUAUUGAUCUUCGGUGUGUGUACCUAUUUUGACUGUAACAAAUUUCAGUGAGUCAGACAGAAAGUGGUAAUCGCCCUCCCCAAGGUCCAGCUCCGAGGGACUUCCUUGAGGAAAUCUGAAAAGCUUCUGUAUGGUUAUCCUCGUGGCUACCUGAGAGAUGAGUCAGGAAUGUUUGCCUGUUUCUCACUACAAAUUUCUCUGUAAUAAACUUAAGAAUUAGAGAUC